GGCAGAAACUUGCCUUUCAGUUCGGGUGCAGAACUGGAAAGGAGGACCUGGUGGAAGCCGGACAGGCGCAGAGAAAGGCUGCCAGGUUGGAUGCGAGCAAGUCCGCAAAGAGUGCUGGCCAAGAGCCUAGGAUUGUCAGUCCCGGUGACAGACUAACAGCUUUGCAGAGAGCCUCGCAAAAUCCCCAGUGUCUGCAGCUGAGAGGGUAGAGCACAGGCUAGAUGCUCCCAGAGAGGGACCAAUUCACCAAGGUCAAGGGGGAAGGUACCCCGAAAGCUUGGACCCCAUCAUUGCUUUGGAGGCUGGGGAGCGAGGGAGGGGCAUCAGUCCGCCAGGGAACACAACUUGGUGUCUGGAGGGUGUCCUGAACACAAGGAAAGUUGUCUUCCGGACUUCUGAGGCAGAGUGUGGUCACCUGGCACUUCUUGGUAGCAACUGGGGCUCGGCGGUACCCUGCCCCCACACUCGCCGAACUCCCACAGAGACAGCGUCUCUGUAGAGGUUGUUUCCGGGCGCCUCCGCUGAGCCUCAGAGAGUUAGCUGUCCUCCACUUGAGCUGUUUCCAAAAUCCUUCCUUUCUGCCAGCAUCCCUGGGAGAGCCGUGAUUGCAGCUGAGGACCCUAUUUGGGUCCUUUCCUCCCAGGCCACCUUGUCGCCCCCUCGCGGAGUGCUGGGUUCCUCGGGCCUGCAGAACGCCCACAGCAGGUCACGAGCAGCAGAAGGCGUGGUGGCUGCGGUCGUGGAGCGACACAGCUGCCAACAGCUGGCGCAGCUGCUGUGCUGCGCUCUGGGACCAACCAGUACGCAGUCCAGGUACAGCCCCUUCUCAGUGACGUCUCUGCAGCGGGUUAUAAAAGCCUAGAGCGCAGCCUGCCAAGGUUCUGCUCACUCCUGAGCCCAGAAAGACCCCCACCAAGACCGAGAAUUUGCCGGCAGCAGCAGAGCAGAAGGCUUGGAGCGAAGCAAAGAAGAGGGGAACUCACCAGCUGGAUGCGGACCCCAGGAUCCGCCCGGAAGACCAGAACUUUUGCAAGCCGUCCUCCUUCCCCUUCAAGCCCCCCGGGCAGCCGCCAGCGCUGCCUUUCCCGCCGCACGCAUCUCAGUGGGAGUUGCUGGCGGCAGCAGGUGCAGAAAGGCGGGGUUGUCUAGCCAUCUGCAACUGUGUGGAGCGCAACUGCUUCUCCGCAAACAGGAGCCUCGCUGGGGAGUGGAGGAAUUUAGAGCGACCGGGCCGGGAAAGGAGCAGACACAGGAGAAACAUUGCUCCUGUAAGUAAGCCUGCUGCUUGCAGGGACUGAGUUCUGCCCAGGAAACUUCCCACCUCCUGUGUGGCAGGACCUCCGUGAGCCUCGCCUCAGGCAUCUGCAACAAGGUCCUGCAGCAAAGAGGGGUGCCUGCAGGGGGUGGGGGUGGGUACACACCUGCGUAGAAGCCAGAGCUUUGCUGCCUUGUCCCAAAAUGGAUAACGUCCUCCCUGGGGACUCGGACCUCUUCCCCAACAUCUCCACCAACAGUUCCGAGUCCAACCAAUUCGUACAGCCUGCCUGGCAAAUUGUCCUUUGGGCAGCUGCCUACACGGUCAUCGUGGUGACCUCCGUGGUGGGCAACGUGGUGGUGAUGUGGAUCAUUUUGGCCCACAAGAGAAUGAGGACAGUGACCAAUUACUUCCUGGUGAACCUGGCCUUCGCUGAGGCCUCCAUGGCCGCAUUCAACACGGUGGUGAACUUCACCUACGCCGUCCACAACGAGUGGUACUACGGCCUCUUCUACUGCAAGUUCCACAACUUCUUCCCCAUUGCUGCUGUCUUCGCCAGCAUCUACUCCAUGACAGCAGUGGCCUUCGACAGGUACAUGGCCAUCAUCCACCCUCUCCAGCCCCGGCUGUCGGCCACCGCCACCAAGGUGGUCAUCUUUGUCAUCUGGGUGCUGGCUCUCCUGUUGGCCUUUCCGCAGGGCUACUACUCCACCACGGAGACCAUGCCCGGCAGAGUAGUGUGCAUGAUCGAGUGGCCGGAACACCCCAACAGGACUUACGAGAAAGCGUACCACAUCUGUGUGACGGUGCUGAUCUACUUCCUGCCCCUGCUGGUGAUUGGCUACGCCUACACUGUCGUAGGAAUCACACUGUGGGCCAGCGAGAUCCCCGGGGACUCCUCCGACCGCUACCACGAGCAAGUCUCCGCCAAGCGCAAGGUGGUCAAAAUGAUGAUCGUGGUCGUGUGCACCUUCGCCAUCUGCUGGCUGCCCUUCCACGUCUUCUUCCUCCUGCCCUACAUCAACCCGGACCUCUACGUUAAAAAGUUCAUCCAGCAGGUCUACCUGGCCAUCAUGUGGCUAGCCAUGAGCUCCACCAUGUACAACCCCAUCAUCUACUGCUGCCUCAAUGACAGGUUCCGUCUGGGCUUCAAACACGCUUUUCGCUGCUGUCCCUUCAUCAGUGCUGGUGAUUAUGAGGGGCUGGAAAUGAAAUCCACCCGAUACCUCCAGACCCAGGGCAGUGUCUACAAGGUCAGCCGCCUGGAGACCACCAUCUCCACUGUGGUGGGAGCCCAUGAAGAUGAGGCAGAAGAAGGCCCCAAGGCCACACCUUCAUCCUUGGAUCUCACCUCCAAUGGCUCUUCUCGUAGCAACUCGAAGACCAUGACAGAAAGCUCCAGCUUCUACUCUAACAUGCUGGCCUAGACAGUGGGCAUAUUUCAAGGGCAUGGCCACCAGCCCAUCCUAUGUUCUGACUCAUUUAUUCAUGGAAAUCUUUGAUCUAGAUUCUGUUGGAAAUACCCUAACACUGGAGCUUCUGGAAAGGGUCAUAAUGGUUUAAGGAAAACAUUCCAUGCUGUAUUUAACCUGGAUUCCUUCUUGUCUUUGUCAACACCCUCCACGCUUGUGACCCAAGGCAGACCAGUGAGUGUCUAUAAAAUGAGAAGGUUAUCCUCCAUUUCCCCUCCAGGUCAUCCCAUGAUUCCUGAAUGACUCCAUCUGCAUGUGGGUGCUCAUUUGGGGAGGAAUUCUACAGGGCAGUAAUGAAUCUAGCAGAUCUGUUUGCCUGGGGCCCUGUCUUUCUUCAGUAAAGUCAUCCUCAGCCAUCUGCGGGCUAGCUCACACCACUCCAGCCUUCCGCAGGACAGUGUGAACAGAAGAAGGUGGCACCUAAAUCUGCUGUCUCUCCACCCAAGCACACACGGAUAGGACUCAUAUCUUUUCGACAUCUCAAUAUCUCAGUUCACUUAAACAUCCUGGGAUUGAGAGCUUUGCGUUCUUCUGCAUCAUGCCCUCCAGUGCAGCGAGCCCCAACUGAAUACGUCUACAGAGGCCAGCUGUACUCUAACCAAGAGUCAGGGUCUGUGCCAGGCUUCACCUGAGACUCCUUCCUUCUUUGUAAAGCAACAGGGCUGAACCAAAUACUCUAAGUGCCCCUGUGGGUCUCAGUGCUCCCUUGUUUAACGAGAUAUAUAUUGUUUUGCCUCCUCCCCUCACGAGCAUGUGCAUACACACAACACACACACACACACACAACACACACACACAAAUAAAAAAAUCAAAUAAAAAAAAAACCAAUGGUGAUCUAAGAAAUACCAGGAGUGGCAAUCCCUAGAGAUGGGUGUUUGUAAAUAUUCUCCCACUGAUUCAAAAACCUUGAUUUAAAAAUCCUUCUCCAGGAAGAUCCUGGUCUUUGACAGAGCAGAGGACUUCUCCAGCAGGCUGCCGCAAGCUUUUUCCAGCUCUGAAAACAGCACUGAGAAACAGGAGAGUGUGGACUUCCUGCUCUGGCUGUUCACAUCUUUGCACAGGGGUCUUAACUCGGAUUUUUCGCUCUUUGAGACAUACAGGGUGGAGUGAGGGGGCUUCCCUCUGCAGCACACUCCUGGGAAGAGGAGCCUUUGCAUCUUCUCUUCAGACUCUGAAUCAUGCCCUCCUGCUCCACUUUGCUGGUCUCUGUCUAUAAGAGGUUGAAUGAUCCACCAACCCAAAGGACAUUUAGUCUGCCGAGAACUGAAAACAUUAUGUUCUGAUAUAGCUUCAGGAUCUCCAGCAGCUGAGCACACUGGUUCUUGUUGCCUCCCAGAUGUAUGCCCUGUCCAGAUGUGGCUGGAAGCCAAAGCUUCAUGUAACAUCCAUGGAUGUCCUCAUGGUUCAGAUAAUUGGAUGCACACAAGUUCCAUCCAUUAUGUCAGGGGGAACAAUGCCACCCAUCACCAGGAUUUAGAGCUUCUUCCAGCCUUGUUGGAUCUAAUCCUAUGGGGUAUCAGUAUACCUGGAGGAGUCAAAGAUUGUAUAGAAAUAAUACAAGCCAGGAAAAAGAGAAGAGAUGCCUUUUCUGCAGAGCAUUGUGGAAAAUAUUUAAUAAACUAAGUAAAGCCCACUCAGUGACAGUCUAUGAGAAAAUAAAAUGGAGGGCAACAAAAGUCAAUGUUCAAAUUGUUAAUUAUACUUCCAAUAAAGAUCGUGCUACAUAUAGAUGCAAAGAAAUGUGGUUAUGAAAAGUACUCAAGAAGACAACAGCCAGCGUUGAGGACACCCCUUCUGCAGAAGACAAGGUUAGGGUAAAGUUGGCAAGGAUCUAUGGAGCGCCUGCUCUGGUCUUUGCCCUGAGCUGAGGACACACAGCUCCUUCCACCCUGAGGAGCUUCCUGUACCUGCAAUUCCAGACUGCACCCAUCCUGGGGAAGCCAGGCCACUCACCAGCCAUGGAGGCAUGGAGAAGCAGAUCCCUCCUAGGGUUUAAAAACCUGACUUUCGAAGUGAGUACUCAGACCAAGGGGUGGGGCUCUCCGAGAGCCUCUGCAAUGGCAGGGCUCUGUGCUGACUCUGAAGAGAGCCGCCAGCCGGCCCAGGGGCGCUAAAGGACAGUGAUAAGAAAUUUCUUUCCUUGCAUAGCACAAGGGAAGAUGAGGUGGACCUGGGUUUGUGGACAUGCCAAAGCAACCCUCGGUGAGACCAGAAAGUUUCUCACUGACCCUCCUCCAAGUCCAUUUAAUUUGUAGAAAUGUCGUCAGUCCCUGUGUGUUGGAACACUGUGGUUUGUGCUCUGUGCAUGGGUCUCGUAUUGAAAUGUGUCGCCCUGUGUUAAUCUCCUGAGUUUCCUUGGUGUGCCCCCCAGUAGCAGUAGGCUGGGAGAACCCUGGAGCAUCUUCCUGGCCAUCCUUUCUGUGUUACCUUCAACCUGCAGGAUCCCAGUGCCGUUGGCGUGUUCCUGUUGAGCCAGUCUCCUCCUGCCCCAGUUUCUUCUUGAAGAGGAGCUCUGAAGUGUGCCUCAUUCUCAUGGAGCGGAAGGAUGGGGAAGGGACCUCCCAGGAGGAGCAAACACCCUUAAUCCUUCAUCAGAAUGUUCAGGCAAAGGGCUAAGUGGAAUCCUGGGAGAGGAGAGGACUCAGGCCCGAGGAAAAAAGUGUCCAUAAAGAGGGGUCACUCCUGAGGCAUCUGUGUUUGGGGCCUGGGAUGCUGAAAAGAAUGUCUUCUGGGAAUAAAGUGUGCUUUCGGCUA